AUGCAGCAGGAAGAAAAACACAAACAGCAAACAAUUAAGUCUCUUGUGCAGACGCAACCUGUUGGCAGAUAUACACUGCAGCAGCAGCAGCAGCAACAGUAUGAUGAACAACAGCAGCAGCAGCAAGAACAGGAGCUGCAGCAGCAGCAAGAGCAGCAGCUGCAGUAUCAGCAGCAACAGCACAGCAAUGGGGACGAAAAUCUUCGAGUGGGGGAUAAAGAGGAGCAGCAACAAGCACAGCAGCAGCUGCAGCAGCAGCAGCAGCAGCAGCAGCAGCAACUGCCGCGUCCAGCGUUAUCCCAAACCAGCGGACGUACGGAGACCCAUCUGUCCCCAGGCGCUGCGGCAGCAGCAACUGCAGCAGCAGCACCAGAAGCAGCAGCAGCAGCAGCAGGAGACCGUGUGCAGCUUGCUGCUUCCGCUUCGUCUGUUAGAGGGCAAUUGUCUACGACAAGUAGCAGAGACACCGCAGCUGCAUGCAAACCCGAAGCUCAGCAUACACCUGAAUUGGGGCCUCUCAGCAGCGCAUGCAGCUCAGCUGUAGAGACGCCGCACCCCGUAGACAAAGGCAAGCAUGCUUCCGCUGCUGCUGCUGCUGCAGAUGCUGCAGCAGAAGUGCAGCAACACAAAACCACUCCUCCAGCUGCUAACGAGCAGCUACCGACUCUCACCCUCAAUAAUAAACCGCCUCCCAACUCUGUCGCAGCAACAGCAGCAGCAACAGCAGCAGCAGCAACAGCAGCAGCAACAGAAGCAGAAGCAGCAACAGAAGCAGAUGCAACAACAGCAGCAGAAUCAGCAACAGCAGCAGCAACAGCAGCCGCAACAGCAGCAGCAGCAACAGCACUUAAGGCCAACGUUGAAGGCAGCCCCGGAGCUGCUGCGGCACCUGAGGUGACUCGAAAGGGAGACACAGCCAGCAGCAGCAGCAGCAGCAGCAACAGCAGCAGUUCUGCUAGCUGCGCUCGUCAGUUUGUGGAGGAGGCUGGGAGGACCUUUAAAAUGAAAUAUCUGCAGCAUCAAAAGGCAGCAGCAGAAACAAAGACAGAAAAAAGCAAAGACAUUAUUUUAAUUAAUAACGCCGUCUAUAAGCCAACGGAGGCCCCCAACCCCUCCCCUUCCUCCGCCGCCUCAGCAGCAACAGCAGCAGGAGCAGCAACAGAAGCAACAGCAGCAGCAGAAGCAGCAGCAGCUGCUGCUGGUGCUGGGCGUGGGGCUCGGGUAGGGAGAUGUGGGGUUUCUUCUGCUGUGCUGCUGCCGCAAGGAAGCUGCUGGAGCCCUCAUUCAAGUCGCCGAUGUGAAGCAUGCAUGGCUGCUGCAUGCGGUAGGCUGCUGAGUCAAGCAAGUCCUACUGCAGCAGCAGCAGCUGCUGCUGCAGCAGCAGCAAUUUACAAACGCAAUGCCACACCACGCAAUCAGGGAACCUGGGAAGAACAGCUCCUCCUAGGCGCUGUCAGCCCUGCUGCUUCUGCUGCUGCAGCAGAAGAUGCAGCAGGAGCAGGAGCAGCAGCAGAAAGUAUUCACAGCCCUUCAAAAGCCAGACACACAGAGGCGCAACCCAGAAGAAGCCCGCAUGCACAAACCAACGCUGCUGCAGCUGCUGCUGCAGCUGCAGCAGCAGCUGCUGCUGCUGUUGCGCCAGCAGACGCGCUCAAUCUGCUGCGGCUUCUGUACGAGCAGCUCUCAGAAGCAACAUCUCCUAAUGCUGCUGUUGCUGCUACUACUACCACUGGUGCUGCUGCUGCUGCAUCUCCCACUCCCCCGACUGAGAAACCCCGAGGCCUUAGAAAACUUUCUUCGUGCAGGCUGAUCACUUCAGAUGCAGCGCAGCAGCAGCAGCAGCAGCAGCGGUUGAGAAGGGCUGGGUCUCCUGCAACGACUCUGCAGCAGGACAAGAAGACAACAAACGCACUGGCCCCAGCAGGCGCCUCUGCUGCUGCUGCUGCUCCUUCUGCUUCUGUUGCUCCUGUUGCUGGUGCUGUUCCUGCUGCUGCUGCUGCCGCUGUUGCUGCUGCUGCACUUCGGCGCGACAGCCGCAGCAGCAGCAGGUUGAUGCCAGCUGCAAUGCAGUCAUCACAGGGGGAGAGUCGGCUGGGCGUGGAGGCAGCAAAGCCCCAAACGCCUAUUCUUGCACGCAGCAGCAGCAGCAGCAGCAACAGCAACAGGAACAGCAGCAGGAUGGGGGAGGGAGCUGCUGCUUUAACAUUCAGCAGGGGAGCUGGGAUCUGUUUGUCUCGCGUGUCAGCAGCUCGACAGACAACAGCAGCAUCAGCAGCAGCUGCUGGUGUUUCUGCUGCUGCUGCUGUUGCUGCAGCAAAGACGAGACUGCGUCAGCAGCAGCAGCAGCGCAUGCAUAAAGAGCUGCAUGCAGCAAAUAGUAUCAAAAAGAAAACAGAGAAGAAACCCCCGUGGGAUUCAUCGGCCCUCCCUCUUCAAGCCAAGAAAAUGCCUUUUCAUACUCUUCUUAGAAAACAAACAAAAUUAAACAACUAA